AUGCGCUCCCGGCGGGUACUGGACGAGGAGUCCGGCUCGCUGCCCCUCAAGCACGGCCAUGGCGACGAUCCCUGGGGCAGUCAGCGCGCGCUCCUGGCCCGUCGAGGUGGCUCGCUCGACGUGCCGAUCACGACUAAGUCGAUGUUGGCCGGCGCGUUCUGGCGCGGUGGGCGGGCUCCACGGGAGGGCCGCUUCCACGGCAGAGGGCGGGUACUGACCUGGGAGCCGGGCGCCCUGGAUGCUGCCCAGGGGCGGGUGGAGGGUUUCAACGCGUGGAUCGACGCCGAGAACGCGCGGCUGGAGGCCGAGAUCGAGGCGUGUCUGGCGGUGAUUGCGGAGAUGGAGGCCGACUGGGAGGAGGAGAAGGCGCGCAGGAGGCAGCGGCGGCGGGCGGAGAGCUUUCGCCGAAGAGCGGAGCAGUGGGGGACCCUGACGGCCACGCACGAGGACGUCGAGUCGGCGGUGCCGGGAUGCGCCCUGGAGCGCCGCGCCUCCUGCGGCUUCAACCCGCGGAUGCUCGCGGACGGGUCGCUCCGCGACGUCGUUGAGCCCCCGGAGCUGAGGGCCCAGAGGGCGGAGCUGAGGGCCAUCAGGGCCGGGAGGAGGCGGCGGUUGCCGAGCAUAAAGGAGGCGCUGGGCGAGAUGGACGAUAGACUGGGGAGUGCGCGGCUGGCAGUGCCCAGGGCGGACGUUGUGGCCGCGCUGCUGAACGCGCUGCUGGCGAUGGAAGGCCAGGGCGGCGGGGAGGCCGCCGACCGGGCGCGCCAGGUGCUCGGGAAGGUCGAGGGCCUUGCGCGGGCGCAGCCCCAGUGCAGCGUCUGCGUCAUUUGCUAG